UUAAGAGUCAAUUCUUUUUCAGCAGUGUAUUGAUUUUAUCCCAUUUUUAACUUUUUUUGUUUAUUUUUAUAUUGCAUCUUUUCGUGAUAUUAGUUGAAUCUACAUUCUUCUUUUUUUCUAUUAAUUACACCUUUUUUACAUUAAUCUUUAUCGACACCUGCUGCGGAUGUCGAUAUCAUUUCUUUUGUUAUGGCUGUACUAUAGAUUUAAUAUCAAAUUCAAUUUUCUUAUUGAUUACAGCUUUUUUUUACUUUUAGUUUCAUCAACAUCUACCACAUUCGGAAAGUUUAAAAGCUAUUUUUUUGUUCAUUUUGUAUGUAAUAUGUGUAUAAAAGGCCAAUUUCUAAUACUUUUUUUCUUGGUUACACUUUUUUUUAAUCUAUAUCUAUAUCACAAAUAGUAAGUUUAAAAACUAAUUAUUUUUCAGCAGUGUUUUGAUUUUUCUAAAAAAGUCAUUUAUUUUUUUUGAUUUUUAGCUGCAUCUACGUAUGCUUUGAUUAAUAUGUUAAUUAAAAUAUUUCUUUGUUAGCAGAGGUCUAUCUCAUUAAAAUUAUACUAUAGAUUUAAUCCCAAUUUCAUUUUAUUUUUGUUGUUUACAUCAUUUUUUAACUUUUAGUUCCUGCAGCACAAUCUUCUCCAGCUUAAUGUAUAAAUUGAAAUAUUUCUUUAUGAUUGUUCUUCGUUUUUGAAAAACUUUAAUGCUUACUUAUAUUUUAUAAAAGUAUUUUAUUUUAAAUUACUUCUAAAUAAAAGUUUUUAAUUUUUUUUUGUAAAGGUUUAUAUAAAAUGUUUCAUAAUGCUUUCAAAUCUUAACUAUCAGUGAAAAGUAACUAUAAUAAGUUUUGUUAAAAGUAACUAUAAUAACUUUUGACAAGCACUAUGAUAAGUAGGAAAAUGAUAACGUGUUAUCAAAUCUUUAAUAUUGUUAAAAAAAACUUAAAUAAUUUAAGUUUUAAUAAAAAAAAAAAGAUGAAUUUAUACAAACACUUAUCUGCAAAAUAACUUUAAGAUUUAGAUGAUGUGAUGUCUGAAAGAAUUGUUGGCAGAAAACUCUGUCAUGAAUGGUAUGAUAUUGACUCAUCAAAGUCUAUCAUUUAUGAUGGUAAACUAGAAAAAGUAAGCAAAAGACAAAAUGAUAGAAUUUACACUAUUUCUUACUGAAAACAAGAUAAAACUGAUAUUAAAGCUGUUGAACAUAAGAUGAAAAAAAUCAAGGUUUGUGGAUUGCAAAUAGAUACAGCAAGUUUUGUGGUUUGCAAUCAAGAACAACAAGUUUUGUGGCUUGCCAUUAGAUGCCACGAAAUUAUAAUAGAAAAACUGAAAUAAAAUAUAGGCUAGAGGAUUUUAAAAAGGCCAUAAAAGACGUCAGAAAUAAUACUUUUUCAUUAAGUCAUACCUCUUCAGCUUAUUCGGCGCCUAAAACCACCUUAUAUGACUACUGCAAGAAAGAAUUCAUAACACACCCAAAAAGCGGAACAAAAUGUAUAUUCUCAGAUGCACAAGAAAAAGAGUUAAAAGAAUAUAUUGUCAAUUGUAGCCAGGUUUUUUAUGGGUUAACAAUUGAAAUGGUGCGAAAAAUUGCUUUCAAAUUUGCUGAACAAAAUAAGCUGAACCAUAAAUUUAAUAGGACAACCCAAUUGGCAGGGAAAGACUGGUAUUAUUCUUUCAUAAAAAAACAUUCAAAUAUUUCAUUGAGAAAACCUGAGCCCACUUCGUUAAAGAGAAUAAAUGGAUUUAAUGCAACAGAAGUAAAAAUGUUUUUUGAAAAUCUGGAAACUUUACAAAGAGCUUAUCACUUUUACCCUAAUCAUAUAUAUAAUGUUGAUGAGACCAGUAUUUCUUAUGUUCAACGAAAUUCCAAAACCUUAGCCCCUAAGGGCUAGAAACAAGUUGGUAUGGCAACCAGUGGGGAAAGGGGUUCAACAAUUACAGUUGUUUGUGCAUUCAGUGCAUCAGGAAAGUAUAUUUCUCCAUAUUUUGUAUUUGAAAGAAAACGCAUAAAUAAUCAGUUGUUGCGGGGAGGCAAUGCUGAUAUGCUUGCCAAGGUCAGUGACUCAGGUUGGAUCAAUGAGCAUUUAUUUGUGGACUGGCUUAAUCACUUUAUCUCAUUUGCUAAACCAACCAAAGACGAACCUGUGUUAUUAGUCCUAGAUAACCAUGAGAGCCAUAUUAGCCUUGAUUGCUAUUUACUCUGUGGUGGAAAUGGAAUUGUAUUGUUAUUCCUUCCACCACACACUUCCCAUAGAAUGCAACCAUUAGAUUUAACAUACUUUGGUCCACUUAAGUCUGCAUACAACAGAGAAUGUGACAUUUUUAUAGCAGCAAACAUAGGCCGAAGAAUUACUCAAUAUGAAGUUGUCGAACUAUUUACUAAAGCUUUUAAUCGUCUCAGCAAUAUUGAAAAAGCAGCCAAUGGAUUUCGAGCAGCUGGUUUUUAUUCGUUAGAUCCCACAAAAUUCAAUGAUUUAUUUCCAAUCACUAUCAUUACACCUGAAAUGUCAUUACUUGAUAACAUUCAGAGUUCAAAAUUCCAGGUAAACACAAUGAAUCAAUCAGAUACUCAAGCCAAAUCAUCUGAAGUGUUAGUUAAUCUGUCAUUGAAUCCUUCAAGUGUAGGUCUGUCACCUGAUGUGAAUGUAGCUUCUGAACUGGUCUCAAUUAGAUCAAAUCAGCUUAUAUUUCUUUUAAAUAUUGUUUCUGUACCUAAUUUGCUAAAAAGGAAAACCAGAGAAAAUCUAAGAAAGAAACAUUCGACUAUUAUCACUAGUUCUCCAAUGAAAGAUUUUUUAAAGGACAUGCAGCAAAAGAAAAGUAUAAAGGAACAAAAAGUAAAAAAGGCUGCUGGUAAAAAAAGGAAGGAAGGGAGCAGCUUUAACAAGUUUGAAGCUAAUAAUGUACCAAAGAAAAAGAAAAUAACCAGAGACAAUAAAGAAAAUGAUUACUAUUGUUUAAUUUGUGAAGAGAAGUAUCAUGAUCCACCCACUGAAGACUGGGUUAUGUGUUACAUAUGUAAAUCCUGGUCCCACGAGAAGUGCACAAGUUCCUCAAGCACAUCCAGAGGUUUUCUCUGUGAUUUUUGCAAGUAAUUAAUGGGAGUAACAUUUUUUUUUCUUUGAAUAACAUUUAUUGAUGUUUGAUUCUUUGGCGUUGAUUUGUUUAAAAUUCGAUUCAUUUAUAUUUCAGCGCUUCAAUUAAGUUUGAUUUGCUUUGAGAAAAUUUGAGUGUAUUUGCUAUUACCCAACAGUGUUUGUGAAUACCCCACUGUAUGUUCGGAAUUACCCCACUUACGUAGUGUAAUUCCGAGCACCAAUGGUUUUGUUUUUGAACGAAUUUUUUAUUUUAUAAUAAUAUAUAUGAAAAUUGCUUAUGAGUGUUUCUAGACGAAUGGUUAGACUAAAUAGUAAGCAAUAAAUAUCAUCAAUAUAUUGUAAUAGUUGUCUUUUAUUCUCAUUCCCGCUUAGCUGUUCGCCAAUACUCGACUCUCCCCUACCCAUACAAAAAACA